AACAUAUCGUGUUGAGCUGCGAUCCAGAGUGGGCACGCCUUGACUGCUCCCUCGAAUUCACUGGGAAUUUAUCAAUCUCGUGUUGUUCGGGUGUUUUGGGCAAUUUGAGAUACUGUUGAUCUCUUAUUUUGUGAAUAAGAAGGAGGAAGUGUCGUGGGAAUAUUCUCAUACAUUCGCCUGUAUUUUAUUUUGCAACGAGACUGUUACUCAAUUGUGCCAUGAUGAACUACGGAGAAUCACCAGCGAAUUUGGAGAGCAGGUCAAACCUGCGAAGGAUUGCACGCCACGACGAGGCAGAAUUCAGCCAUGCUAGCAUCCUCCACAGCAUGGAGAAGUUCGUGAAGGCGGUGAGUGAAAUGGAGGAGACAAUUCUUGUUCCAUCUCGUCUCCUCGACCUGGCAGUUGGUGAUGCGAGUGACACAGUGAGCCAGAAGGGCUUGAGCACGAUAAAAGACACGAUGCCUCGCACAGAUCUCUACCGUCUCUACACAAUUGUCACGAAGACGAAGCUAGAGCUCCUCUGGUCUCAGAAGUCCAGUGACACUCAGGACGAGGAGGACGAGACCUGCGAGGACGCUCGCAGGAAGAAUCAGCCGAGAUUGGGGCACGCCAGAUGUCCUAGUACCACAUCCAUGCAGAGUAUGCAGAGUGCAUCAUCAGUUAUCUCUAGCUCAAGCUCCUGUGACUCAGACUCAGACGUCGGUAUUGAGAUCGAUUCGGGAAUGGAGAACGAAGAAUCAUCCAAUGACAGGUGCGCCAAUCAAGCUGCUGAUACAUUUCGUCGUCAUCUUCAUGGUCUUCAUCGCAGCAUCAAGCACAUGACUUCAGCUGCUGAAUACCUCACUCUCAGAUAUCAAGUUGAUGUUGGGGGACAGGUUUGAUUCUGCUGAUCAUGACUUUUGCCUCGAGUUCUAUUCGUCGUGGAAGGCAGGUCCUCGUCUCACUGAACUCGCGCUGUUAGAAUUUUUUGAAUUUUUUCGGAGUUUCUUGAUAAAUUUUAUAGUGGGAUUCUUUCAAUUUUGGGAUUAUUGAUUUAUCGGUAGAACUAUCGAUUUUAGGAAGUGGUGAAUUCACUUUUUUGGAGUUCAUUGAAUUUCGUAUGAGAGAGAUCUUUUGAUCAUUUUUCCUAAGAUCAAUAGUUUAUGGGAUCAAUCAAUGUUUUUAAAUUCAACAGGUCAUUACUGAAAUCUUUAGGGAAUUUUCUUAUCAAAAUACUCUAGGAAGUAUAAAGAAAUUCGAGGGAAAAUUCAAGAGCUAAUGGGAAAUUAAUGAAAACUGUAGAUUCAGUUCAAUUAUCACAUUGAUAUGAAUAAAAUCAGAAAUUUCAGAGGUUUUUACUCGAAAUUUCAAGAGUAAUUUUCUAACAGUGCGACUGGAGUCCAGGUGUCUUCAGGGAUUGCACAGAACCAAUGAGUUUAAUGUAACAAUUAUUUGCACAUUACAAAUGAACACCUGGGAAAUAAUCCCGAUGAAUUUCCUGUGGACAAGUCUCCAAUUGGAUCCUAAUUAAUUUUGGUUGAUAUUUUUCUCCACAGGAUUUGCCUUCGGAAUUCAAUUUCUCAGAAUCAAUUAAUUACAAAAACGUGCAAUAGUAGAAACAAGCCACUUCUCCCUUUCAAUGUAUGAAUAGCCAAAAAUAAUAGAAAAUAUCGUCUCAGAACUUGAGUUGUCCCUGCAAUAAAAUUAAAAAAAGUCCACUCACGCCCGAGCAAUUAAUAAAUUUCUCAGGCCCCCACAAAAAUUCACAGAUAAAAAACGCGAGCAUUACCACAAUCACACGAGAUAGAAUCGAUUAAACAGUAGCUGCACUGAGAAAAGUAAUUAUUUCUCCCAAUUCGUAAUUAGUCAGAUAUAAUUAUUUUUCACAGUGUGCCAAUCAUUGACGCUCCUUAGGAUAAGUUCAUAACUAUUUAUUUUUUAUUACGAAAUAUCACGUUGAAAAUCCGAAAAAUUCACGAGUCCUAUUUAUGUACAUUGAAUAGAAUGGAUUAUCGACAGUCAGACACUCAAUACUCUCUCUUAUUGUCAUCGAACUGACUUGAAAUAAUCUCAGAACAGUUGGAUGACGCACAAGGGAGAGACAGUGAACCACGAAUGAGCUAUUGAAAAUUAAUUUUUCCCACUUCUGUCUGUACAUAUGUUGUACAUAGAAUUUAACGAAUCGUCGUGUAAAAAUUUAGGUAGUGAUUUCACUUUUUGUAAGUUGUACGCUACGCUAUUGUCUACGUCACGUCACUGUUGCAUUCAAAAAUUAUAAAUAAACUAUUGUUUCUUGAGAAAAUGACCUAGCAUAAAUGAGAACUGAUAAAAAAUAAAAUAAAAUGACUAUAAUAAGUGAAAGGUGAAAGAUCUACUGAUUCAUUUAAAAUUACAGUGACGUGAUUGUUUUUUAAUUAAUAUUUCCAUAGUUUUCACGAAAUAACUAGUUUCAAGGGAAUAAGAACGGGUUAUUGAUGACGUAUAUCGAGUUGUUGAACAAAUGACGUUAAUUGACGUCUUAUGUAUCCACCUAUUGAACGUAGGGUGAUAGGUAUCGAAUAUUUUGGUUUAUAAACGGAAAAUGUUUCUCUGACUGUACAAGAGUGGUAAAUAAAUUUGCAACUGCCUUUUA